UCGGUUCAGGAAGUGAAACAACAACAGACUCGCGUCUGCUGCGAUGGAAGAAGCAGAGUUUGAUGAUAUUUUAGAUGACUGGUUCAUCGAGUCCCUGAAAAGGUACAAAGAUCUUCAUGUGUAUCAGCUGGAACAUCCCACACAGGUGAUCGAGUGGACGUCAGGGAGGACCGUGUGCGUCGCAGGAUUCAGCCCGUCCAAAAAUGAAAUCCUGGAGCUUCGUUUGCCUCGGAAACUCUUUGCUGAUGAAAACAAGGGUCUGUGUGCAGAACGGGACUUUAAAGUCGUCCACGGUGGCUUCACAGACAGACCUGUUCGCUGCCUCAGGCACGUCCCAGGAACAAGGUGCGCUGUGACCGGCGACGGGCUGAGCUCCAACCUGCAGGUGUGGGACCUCGGAGGAGACGACAGCGAUGUGAUCAGACGAACAGGAAGCAUCGAGGGGAGGAGGAGGAGGACGGGUGUUUCAGAGGGAGGCAGCAGCAUCGCAGCUCGACCCUCGUCACCGCCACAGAUUCUUCAUGGAGCUCAGAUCAGCGACGUCCAGCUGACUGAGCUGAGCUCCGGACAGACGCUGUAUCAGCUCGAGUCGGACUCAGCAGAUCCUCUCAGCUCCCUACACUUUCUGAGCGACGCCGUUUUCCUCGCCGGCUGCUCCAACGGGAACAUUUACGUCGCCGACACUCGGACGUCAGCCGCUCCUCAGCUUUCACCACCUCCUCCUCCUCCUGUGUCUUCAGGUGAGUCUGUCCUCUGGUGGACAGACGCCUCUGCAGGUCCAGACCCGUCCGGCUGCCGGGUUGUCAGACUUUCCUCCUCCGGACAGGCGCUGGUUUCAGACCUGAGGAACCUGGGAGGAGCCGUGAGCCGGGCUCAGCUGGACGUUCAGACGCUUCGCUGCGGUCCGGAUGACGUCAGGGUGUCGUGGGCUCCGGCGUUGGACGACUGCAUCGCAGUGUCAGGUUUCAGCGGAGCGGUUCAGAUCUACGACGCCUCAGUCUGGACGUCGGAGCUGCAGGAAGCUCGGCCGCUGUUCGAGCAUCGAGGUCACGCGGUUUCACCCGAACAGUCCGACGACGGCGUCCCUCCGAUCCUCGUCACCUCCCACGUCUGGCAUCCUGAGCGGCCGCGGACGCUGCUGUCUGCGGCCUCGGACGGCUCCGUCCACGUCUGGGACUGGGUCGACCAAUCAGCUGCCGACAAGAGAUGAAACUAAAGAAACAAUUUAGAAAACAAACGUCUCGUUUAAAUACUGAUCUAAUCAGGCGGCUGCUUCUAUAUCACAGCACAUGUUUGUAUUGUCAGACAAGGAAGCAGGAAGCUGUGAGACUAAACAUCCUUCUCUUUCCUCCUCAUAAAAUCCUUCCUACUUUUUUCAUCCAUAAUUGGGUCACUUCACAUUUUCCUGCACUGACUGACAGACGAGUUCAGCUCAGUUCAGACGGAUAUCUCCAACCAGAACUCUCUGCAUGGGUAGAUAACACGCGGCGGGGUAAGUGAUCUGAUGUGGAAAUCGGGUGACCCUUUAAAAACCCAGAUCCCUGAUAAACAUCUGUCUCUCAGCCUGGCACAUCUGUGGCACAGCGGUGCAGCAGUAACAGACUCUGUGAUUUGAAAUAAACGAAGUGAGUGAAGUGUGACCCCCGGUUCUCUGCACACAUGAGGACUCUGCACUCUCACUCAGAGUUUUUAGUUUCAGGUCAGUGGAGGGUUUUUUUUGAGGGGGGGGGGGGGGUAAUUAUGACUGUCAUGUUUCCGUUUUACAGAAAUAAAACUUUCAAACGUC